UCCUCCUCAUCAGUACCCCCAUCAGCAUCCCCAUCAAAAUCUCCCUCAGCAUCCCCAUCCACAUCCGCAUCAACAUCCUCAUACGCACCCCCCUCAUCCUCAUCAGGCCGGCAUGCCGAUGGCGCCACUGCCCAUGCCCCCGGGGGCGCGAAACAUGCAUCCGCACCAGAGUCACCAUCAUCACCGACACGUGGACAUGCAUGUGGACAGCAAUGGGAACACGGAGAUGGUGGAGAUUCUAGCGAAGAUAUUGUACAAGCUUCGAUGUGGCAUCGCUCUCCGUCACACCGAGGUGUCGCAUGUCCUUUGCAGCGAUCACGAGGAGUACAAGAUACGGGCAGCCCUUCAGCUUCUGCGGGAUUGCAGGAUGAUGAAGGUGGUAGUGGGAGACAGCUUGAAGACCACCUGGUACACGCUCAAUUCCGACGGAGAGACGCCGCGCAGCGAUGCGGCGAAGGGGAAAGAGAUAGGGGACUAUCUGGUGGAGAACUACAACUACAUAUGCAGUCAGGAAUCAAUGGCUGCAGCAGCCUAUGCCCUACGGCGGGCCAUGCCAAUGCAGGCGCCGUUGUCGUCGAUAUCACAGGGUGGGCAGAGGGGACCGUUCUCCGCUCCGUCGCUACCUCCGCCGCCGCCAUCAUCUGCGCCGCAUGCACUUCCUCCGCCGCAGCCGGGGCAAGCUCCGCACCCGCCGUCCGCUCCCCACACCCCUUCCAGAGCCGCAAUUCGACCUCCGUCGAUUUCGUCGCCGCAAUCGGUGUCGAAGUCUCCCCCUCCGCCGUGUUCCUCUUCCCCUGCGGAGACCCCUGCAGUCGACUCUGCAACAGCCACACCAAGAUCGAGAGCUCCUGGAAGAGGAAGAGGCAAGGGGGGGGGGAGGGGAAGGCGGAAGUUGUCGGAUAUCUCGGACAGGGUGAGUGAUUCUCCGAAGCUUCUCGGUGCUGCGGGCGGGGCUGUUAAAAGCGAAUCGGGCAGUUUGGGGUCGUCGUUUCAGACGCAAGGGGAUCAGUCGACCGCUGGCCGCGCUCUGCUCUCCUCCCCCUCCCCUUCUCCAUCGCCGUCGAAGUACAAACGCUAUCGGAUUGACUACAAGAUUGCGAACGGUGAGCGGCAGGAACUCAUGGUGAUGGUGGAGGAGGCGGAUGGAAGGGAGAUCGAGGUUGCCCGCGGAGCGAUGCAGAAAAACUCCCGCGCAUGGCAGUAUAGCAGCAAUCCCGACUUCCAGGACUGUGCCCCGUUUUCGGGGAAAACGAGACAUGAUCUGCUGAUGUGGCUCAAGGACACUGUCGGUAUCGAUAUCUCGAAGAAGCAGUCAGGGCUGUGGGUGAAGAAGAAGAGAGGGAAGAAGAAGGCUAUAACGGCAGCAGCUGCGGCGGGGGCGGAGGGAGAGGCGGAGGGAGAGGCGGAGGGAGAGGCGGAGGCGGAGGCUGAGGCGGAGGCGGAGGCGGAAGCAGCGGGAGAGGCGGCGGGAGACGGGGGGGCAGACGAGGGGGUAGAAGGUGCGGCAGAGGCCGCGGGCUCUUCCCCCCCGCACCCGGGGAGCGCGAGCGGCGGCGAAGAUGAGGACCCCGCUUCCCCGUCCACUCCGAUCGAAGGCAGCGGGGCCGGUGACAUCUCCGCGCCGGCCGGGCGGGGGAAGGGCGGCGGAAGAGGAAGGAAGAAGAAGAGGAGGAGAAGGAGACGCAGGAAGAAGGACGAUAGUGAGGAGGACGACGAUGAAGAUGCGGCGUUGCAGAAUGGUGGGACAAGUGAUGCAGCGGAAGGAGAUGAUGAUGACGACGAUGAAGAUGAAAUCAUCGGUAUUUCUGGAGGCAAAAGACGGCGGCAUCGGUCAUCGUAGCUUUUUGCUUAUACGUUAAUUAAUUGUGUUUACAAGCCCGAGUUGUUGUUCACAACUUACGCCACUACUUUUCUUCGACCGAUGGCAUAUGAUCUAUCUCUGUACCGGGCGGUAAGUUCCUCGCGGUGGGUUGUAGGUCGUGCGUGAGAGACUGACUGAUAUGUGAAGAUUAACCCCCCAAAUCCGAACUAUGACCCUGACGAGACGUGUACAUGAUGUAUUUUUCAUCCCAGUGUAAUAGAACGGGCGAUUUUACUCUUUUGUAAGCUGUAGCGUGUUCUCCAUACGAGCGAUUUCGGUGGGUUUCGCUUGUAGACGUCUAGUCCGUUCUAUUUAGGUCGACUUCCCGCGUUGAGCAGAUAUAGACAUAUGGUGUGUGUGUGUGUGCGUGUGUGUGUGUGUGUGUGUGUGUGUGUGUGUGUGUGUGUGUGUGUGUGUGUGUGUGUGUGNGUGUGUGUGUGUGUGUGUGUGUGUGUGUGUGUGUGUGUGUGUGUGUGAGAGAGAGAGAGAGAGAGAGAGAGAGAGAGAGAGAGAGAGAGAGUUGUUAGAUGGAUACACAGACGGUAGAUGGGCAAAAGGGUUGCUCAUUCAGAUUGAGUUUUCCGCUAGCGACGAGGUUGGAAAGUGCCUUCUUUCCUUCGAGAGCGCCAAUCAUGCACGGGAUAUCGAGAAUGAUAGGCAGGAAUUCAGGCGGGGAGACAGGAGAUAAAGGAGCUGUUGUUGAUACCUACUUAGCGAGCGCAAGUCUAUGCGAACCCCCUUUUUUUUUUUCAAGUAUCUAGUGGAAGGCAUUGUAAAUGAACACAACUGCAUGUUCCCUUUUUUUCAUUUUGCUUGCCCAGUUCUCUCCUCGGCGAUCGGUCUUCCUCUUUCCCUUCACUCUGGAAGUCAUUCAGUGUGGCGUCCCGACUGUGGCGUCCCGACUUCAAAACCCCUUUACAGUAACUACCGUGUUCGCCCGAAUAGAACGCCCGGUGAUUAUAGGUGUAUUCUGGGCGAGUUUGAGUCUAGAUACAGCGAAAAUAACCGGCGGGCGUUCUACUCGGGUAAAGACGGUAGUACCGUUGGAUCUGACGGCGAUCUCGGCUUUGUUUUCAGCGUGGGAUCUUCGACUUAUAAAACGCACUUACAGAACUGGGAGGUGGAGGUGAGCAGAAUAAAAAUUUUGUACUGAGAAUGGAAUCGAGAAGAAAUGAACGAGAAGAGAAAAGAGGAAAUGAGCGACAGACGAUAGAUGGAGACAAAGACGAUGCAGUAGAAGAGAAGGAACGGGUGAGAGCGAACAUAAUCAGUGACUCUAUAGCAGGUUCUCGGGUACACAACAGACAAGGCGAGGAAUAAGUCGACAUACAUCCCCGAACUGAUUCAGAAGCUGUACAGAUAUGCGAAGACGAAAAUAAGUCCGGUCUCAAAAGCCUUAGGGCAGCUCAAAUGAUUGCAAUGGCUGCUGCAAGUCUGCAAGUGAAGGUUCUACAGUUGUUCCGUCAUCGUUCUCGAGAAUUAAGAUGGAAAAAAAAUGCAGGAUUGUCCGUGUGAUGAGUACAUUGAAAGUUGACGUCUUUAGUUGAGUCGCCGAUUCAUGAGGGAGU